GAGAAACCACCCCUCCACACAGAUGUGGGAAACUCAGUAGGGGUGUUGGGUUUGGGAUCUGGUGAGGAAGGGGGGUCUCUGAGCCCUGCCUUGGCCAAUGGGCCACGGUCAUUAGGGCUGACCAGUGUGGGCCCGGCAUAUAAGAAGGGCCGUAUGGCACCAGACAAACCACAUCACUCAGAGGUCGCCCCCUCACAGAUCUCCUACAUCUACACAAAUCUAACCAAUCAUGGACGUAUUCUCUACAUCCCAGAUCUUCUAUGACAGCACCUGUGCCUCGUCGCCUGAAGCUUUGGAGUUUGCCCCCGGAGGGGAACUGGCGGGGUCUGAAGAGGACGAGCACGUCCGGGCCCCCGGGGCCUCACAUCAGCCAGGUCACUGUCUCCAAUGGGCCUGCAAAGCUUGUAAGCGCAAAUCCAGCACGGUGGACCGCCGGAGAGCUGCCACUAUGAGGGAGCGCCGCAGGCUGAAGAAGGUGAACCAUGCGUUUGAGGCACUACGGCGCUGCACCUCAGCAAACCCCAGUCAGCGUCUUCCCAAAGUGGAGAUCCUGAGGAAUGCCAUCCAGUACAUCGAAAGCCUUCAGGAUCUCCUCAGGGAACAAGUGGAGAACUACUACAGCCUGCCAAUGGAAAGCAGCUCUGAGCCCGCCAGCCCCUCCUCAAGCUGUUCUGAAAGAAUGAUUGACUGCAACAGUCCUGUAUGGCCUCAGAUGAAUCCAAACCUUGGGAAUAACUACAACUUUGAAGCACAAAAUGCUAGCGCAGUGGGCAGAACUCCAGGAGCGUCCAGUUUGCAGUGUCUGUCCAGCAUCGUUGACAGGCUGUCCUCUGUAGAUACGGGAGUUGCAGUGGGAAUGAGGAACAUGGUUGCUCUUUCUCCGACUGGAAGUGAUUCCCCGUGCAGUUCUCCAGACAGUCCCAGCAACAGACCAGUCUACCACGUCCUGUGAGACUCCAGCCUGCUUACCUGCUUCCACAGAACGCUCUGCAGAAUCAUUCACAUUGCAUGUUCAGUUAUGAAGCAUUUUGGAUCAUUUGAUAAUGCUUUCAGAUAAUGAUAAGAAUGUAGUAAUUGCAAACCUCCAUUCAGUGCAAAGUCAAAGAUUAGCCUCAAAAUCUUGGCUGAAAAUGCAAGACAAGUCUUCUUCACACAUUCUGUGUGUGCCUGGUUAUAAUUUGGUUUAUGUGCUAAUGUUUUAUGUGGUCGUGGCUUAAAAAAGCCAUACUAUCCAUAAAAAAAAUAUGUCAAUGUAUAGAUAGCAGAUAUUUUUACCAUGUUGACCGACUGUAUGGAUGAACUACAUUGAAACUGGUUUUAUUUAUCAAUAAUAAUCGUUAAAUGCUGUUUUUUAAUAUUAGCCUACUCAAUGUUAUCCACGACCUACCAUUCUCUGUGUUGUAAAUAAGAUUGUACAUAAUUUAAAUGACUGUUAUUGUAUUCGUGUAAUGUUGUUUCUGUCAUAUUUAAUGAACAUCCUUGCAUAAAAUGACUUUUUCACAAUAAUACACAUUUCACAAAAAUUGUAUUUAAUAAUACCAUUUGUCACUAUUUGAAUUGAAACGAGGAAUAAAAUCCUCUGGUGUUUUUGAAAUGCGUCUAUCAGUAAAUAUUGACUGCAGUUCGGUCCCAAUCAUACGCCAUUUGUCAGCUGCUAGAAAAUCAUGGGUGUCAGAGGAGGACAGUUGAUAGUGUGAUGAGUGGGAUGUUGAAAAAAGAGAGAGAAAGAGAGGAAAUGAGCUCUAUGUGCCUGUUUGCUUAAUGUAACAAAUGUAACACAUCAUUCACACCUUCUUAAUACCAUUGUCUUGAACAAAUGGCCACAUGCUGACACUUCAAGGUGCUGCAUGUGUGUGGGUAAGAGAGAGAGAGAGAGAGAGAGAGAAUC